CAGUGCUGAUAACCUCGGGUAUAAACUUGUAUCAACUGGAUCCUAACGAAGUGAUAGAACAUGCAUUUUGCACGACUUCUGAUUUCUGUGUGUUUUUUAAUUGCACUAGGUCCAGUGGGUUAUGGUGAGAUCACAACGCACCACCAGACUUCAGUUGCGUCGGAGGACAGUGAGCAGUGCACAACAUGUGAGUUUAGACAGCAGAGCAAGCUCAUGAGGUUACAAGCCAUCAAGUCCCAAAUUCUGAGUAAACUUCGGCUCAAACAAGCGCCCAACAUCAGCCGAGAUGUUGUCAAACAGUUACUACCAAAGGCACCUCCACUCCAGCAACUCCUUGACCAGUACGAUGUUCUUGGAGAUGAUAACAGGGACGGCGUUAUGGAAGAUGAUGAUGACCAUGCCACCACAGAGACAAUCAUGACCAUGGCCACCGAGCCGGAUCCCAUCGUCCAAGUGGAGCGGAAACCCAAGUGUUGCUUUUUCUCCUUCAGCCCGAAGAUUCAACCCAGCCGCAUCGUGAAAGCGCAGCUUUGGGUGAACUUGAGACCAGCCGAUGAGGAUACCACUGUAUUCCUUCAAAUAUCGCGAUUAAUGCCAGUCAAGGACGGAAACAGGCAUAGAAUCCGAUCGUUGAAAAUUGACGUGAAAUCAGGGACCAAAUCAUGGCAAAGCAUAGAUGUCAAACAGGUUUUGACUGUGUGGCUGAAACAACCAGAGACCAACUGGGGUAUCGAGAUCAACGCGUACGACGCAAAGGGAACCGACUUAGCUGUCACCUCUGCAGAAGCCGGAGAUGAAGGACUGCAACCUUUCAUGGAGGUGAAAAUCUCUGAAGGCCCCAAGAGGUCCAGACGGGAUUCUGGACUAGACUGCGAUGAAAACUCGCCAGAGUCUCGCUGCUGCCGGUACCCUCUCACCGUGGACUUUGAAGACUUUGGCUGGGACUGGAUUAUCGCCCCCAAGCGUUACAAGGCCAAUUAUUGCUCAGGCGAGUGUGAGUACAUGCACCUGCAGAAGUACCCCCACACCCACCUGGUGAACAAGGCCAACCCGCGGGGCACGGCCGGACCCUGCUGUACCCCCACCAAGAUGUCCCCCAUCAACAUGCUGUACUUCAACAGGAAAGAGCAGAUCAUCUACGGCAAGAUUCCGUCCAUGGUGGUGGACCGCUGCGGCUGCUCCUGAGUAAGCAAACUCACUGCCAGUCUCAUCCUUCUCCUGGACUUCUGAAAAUAAUCACUUUAACCAUUUACCAGUGCUUUCUUACACUGUGCAAUAGAGCCAGAAACCACAACAAGGAUGCUCACCCAUUUGCCGAGCAUAAGUGUCACAUGGAUAUACUGAUGGAAUGUCAUAGAGUUGGACUUGGGAAUGGACAUAGAAAACAAACAAGAGAAAAUUUGACGACAUUCAAUGACAAACCUUUUUUUUCUCUUCAAUCUGCUUGAUGUUUUUAACUGUCCCUCACAUACAUGCUGUAUACAUUCUCUUGUGUGCAUCUCUCUUACAUGUCACACUCAUUUUGUAAUAUCCAUAUUUUUGCAAGUAUGGCUGUCAGUGCCAGAUGGCCAUGCUAACCUAUUAAGGCAAUAUUUUUUAGGACAUUUUUGAGUGAAAUGGAGAGGGACUCAAGAACAUUUGACUAGAGCUGGAGAUCCUAUCUGAAGAGAUCCAUCUGGCAAACAGAACCGGGUCUCAUGUACAUUGCCAUAAAUGCCACACUCAGUUCAUUCAAUUCGUCCUGAUUAUAGCUUUACCAUUACUCAACUGCUUGAACUUCCCUACACACUUGAAUUAUUAUAUAAUUAUAUAUGUGUAUAUAUAUAAAUAUAAAUCAGCAUUACUGGGCAGAAGGACUUGAACCAGAGGCACUACGAAUGCAGUCUACACAUAUAUAUGUAUGUGUAACAAAAGCAGAGGUAUAUGAAAAGAAUGAAUGUUUAAACCAUGCUUAAACUCUGUCUUUCAAACAACACAGUUUGCACUAUGGCAGACCAAUAGAGAUAAUUGGUUGCUAAAAAGUUGUAAAAACUGAUUUUGAUAUGUUUGCUAAUUGUACUAUAUGCCAUUGUUUCCAGUAGCUGUUUACUUUUUUAACCUCUGUUAGUAAAUGUAUAAGACCACAACCUAGCAAGAAGUGCACAAUAUCAAAUCUAUAUAUCUGUUAAACAAAUA